UGUUCUGUCAAAUCAUGGCACUUCCGGGGUCAGAAGCGCUAAAUGUUUUUCCCCAGGAGCAGUGUACGAGGGGUCCAAAGUGAGCUGUCAGGAAGGGCCAUCUGAUACAGACGAUCGGAUGGCCGGAGUGACAGAGUGAAUUGUGGCAGAAGAGAAUGUUAUACAGUUUGUGGUGAAGGGCCAUGAUGUGCAGAGAAGUGAGAAGAAUAGAAGUAUUCUAGCAAGAAGCUUAAUAAUGGAUAGCGCGAUUACUCUCUGGCAGUUUCUACUUCAGCUUCUUCAGGAACCCCACCAUAACAAGCUUAUUUGUUGGACGUCAAAUGAUGGGGAGUUUAAACUUCUGCAAGCCGAGGAAGUGGCCCGGCUGUGGGGUGUGCGCAAGAACAAGCCAAGUAUGAAUUAUGACAAACUGAGCAGGGCACUCCGCUACUACUAUGUAAAGAAUAUUCUCAAAAAAGUAAAUGGGCAAAAGUUUGUUUACAAGUUUGUCUCAUACCCGGACAUCCUUACUAUGGAUCCACUGGCUUUGGGUAGAGGAGAAGAAAUGGAUGGGAACUCGGUUGAUGCCAUGAACACCUGUAUUUUGCGAGACAAAGAAAACUGUAACAAGGAGCGACUGCCAUGUCCUUCUGCUAAAUCGUCAGGACGUAAUGAUUACAUUCACUCCGGUCUGUACACAUCGUUUACCCUUAACUCGUUGAAUACAGCUGGUGUAAAGUUGUUUAGACCUACUGUUGUAGAAAAUCCAACAGAGAAGAAAGUGACCUUAGAGCCACCCACGUCAGUUAUUAAGUUUGUGACAACACCAGCCAGAAAUCCAGAUCCUGCAUCUAUUGUUCCAUCAGACUCUCCCCAACCCCCUCAACCUCGAAACAAACCUGCAGAGCCUCCUAGAGAUAUAACCAUAAACUCUUGUCUUCCUCCAACCACUUGUGUCUCUCCCAUUCUGGCGCCUUCUGGACCGUUAUCACCUGCUUUGACGUCCAAUCAAGAUAUGACCAUUGACGUAGUAACUUCGCAGUCCCUUGAUUUUCCAAGUGAAGUAAAUACGAAUGUUCAGGAACCAAAAAUGCAGGUGCAGGAGGAAGAACCUGAGCCUGGUCCAGAGUCUGAAUAUGAUCCCGAACCAGAACUUGAUCCUGACUUCGAAACUGAGCAUGAACCUGAACGCUAUGUGCUGGAUAUGAAGACUGGAAAAUCUAAAAAGCCUAAAGAGCUAGAGUUAACUCCCACGUUGGUAAUCACCACAAGUGAUUCUAACCCCUUGGGUAUUCUCAGCCCUUCAAUACCCACAGCAUCUCUUACACCAGCAUUCUUCUCCCAGACCCCCAUAUUGCUAACUCCAAAUGCCAUGCUCUCCAGCAUACACUUCUGGAGCACAUUAAGUCCUGUUGCUCCUCUCAGUCCAGCAAGAUUACAUGGUGCCAAUACCUUGUUCCAGUUUCCUUCUGCCUACAAUAGUCAUGUUCCACUCACAUUGUCAAGCUUCGACGGUUCUUCUACACCAGGACCCUUUACUCCUGAUUUGCAAAAGUCCUAGCAUAAAGCCAUGGACAAAAAAGGGAAACAUCUGCAUCAUUUUAUAUUUUUCUGUCCAAGUUUUGAUUUCAUCUGUCAUUUUGGAAUACCUUUUUAACCUGGGAAUUAAGCAUACAAAUAUUGUAUCCAUUAACCAAUGUUAUUGCAGAUUCACAAAAUUUGAAUUUGCCAAGAUCCAUUUACCCCAUUCUCCUUGCACUUGGUUUAUUACAGUGAAUAAAAUGGAGCAAUGAACAAACACCAGGAAGAGCACAGAAUUUUGUUUUAAUGAUUACAAGUGGGAUCAUUUUUUUUUUUUUUUUUU